AGCGGGGCAUCUUGCGCAUGCGCAGGCGACAGCUCGUGGCGUUCAGGGCCUGAUGGUUGCUAGGGUGACAGGGACACAACAUGGCGGCGGGAUCCCUAACGCUCUCCUUCGAGGGACCACCACGGAGAUUCUAGUGCGGGACCCCGCCUCAGGGAAGUGGAAAGCAGGGGGACAACCUUCCUGCUUCUUUCUUUUCCGUCCAGUGUCGGCAAGGGGUUGUCACCGGCUUCCGCAUCCAAGAUGAAGAACUAUAAAGCAAUUGGCAAAAUAGGAGAGGGAACGUUUUCUGAAGUUAUGAAGAUGCAAAGCCUGAGAGAUGGAAACUACUAUGCAUGUAAACAAAUGAAGCAGCGCUUUGAAAGUAUUGAGCAAGUCAACAACCUACGAGAGAUCCAAGCACUGAGGCGCCUGAAUCCGCACCCAAACAUUCUUAUGUUGCAUGAAGUGGUUUUUGACAGAAAAUCUGGUUCUCUUGCACUAAUAUGUGAACUUAUGGACAUGAAUAUUUAUGAGCUAAUACGAGGGAGAAGAUACCCAUUAUCAGAAAAAAAAAUUAUGCACUAUAUGUACCAGUUAUGUAAGUCCCUGGAUCAUAUUCACAGAAAUGGAAUAUUUCACAGAGAUGUAAAACCAGAAAAUAUACUAAUAAAGCAGGAUGUCCUGAAAUUAGGGGACUUUGGCUCCUGCCGGAGUGUCUAUUCCAAGCAGCCGUACACGGAAUACAUCUCCACCCGCUGGUACCGGGCCCCGGAGUGUCUCCUCACUGAUGGGUUCUACACGUACAAGAUGGACCUGUGGAGCGCUGGCUGUGUGUUCUACGAGAUUGCCAGUCUGCAGCCCCUCUUUCCUGGAGUAAAUGAACUGGACCAGAUCUCAAAAAUCCACGAUGUCAUCGGCACACCUGCUCAGAAGACCCUCACCAAGUUCAAACAGUCGAGAGCUAUGAAUUUUGAUUUUCCUUUUAAAAAGGGAUCAGGAAUACCUCUACUGACAACCAGUUUGUCCCCACAAUGCCUCUCCCUCCUGCACGCAAUGGUGGCCUAUGAUCCCGAUGAGAGAAUCGCCGCCCACCAGGCCCUGCAGCACCCCUACUUCCAAGAACAGAGGAAAACAGAGAAGCGGGCUCUGGGCAGCCACAGCAAAGCUGGCUUUCCGGAGCACCCUGUGGCACUGGAACCACUCAGUAACAGCUGCCAGAUUUCCAAGGAGGGCAGAAAGCAGAAACAGUCCCUAAAGCAAGAGGAGGACCGUCCCAAGAGACGAGGACCGGCCUAUGUCAUGGAACUGCCCAAACUAAAGCUUUCGGGAGUGCUCAGACUGUCGUCUUGCUCCAGCCCCACGCUGCAGUCCGUGCUUGGAUCUGGAACAAAUGGAAGAGUGCCGGUGCUGAGACCCUUGAAGUGCAUCCCUGCGAGCAAGAAGACAGAUCCGCGGAAGGACCUUAAGCCUGCCCCGCAGCAGUGUCGCCUGCCCACCAUAGUGCGGAAAGGCGGAAGAUAACUGAGCAGCACCGUCGUCUUCGACUUCGGAGGCAACACCAAGCCCGACCGGGCCAGGCCUGGGCGAUCUGCUGCUGAGACGCCACGGAGGGCUGGGGUUGCGCCUGCGUCCGUUUCGCGCUGGCCGGGGCUCUGGGAGCUGCCCUGCGCCCUGCCGCACCCGCGGCCCGCGCAGCUGCCUAGGAUGUUCUGGGCUAAUAUAUUUGUAAAACCACCGCAUUCUAGGGUUUUCUUUGAUUUUCGUUAAGAAUUUGGGGCAGGAAAUACUUUGUAACUUUGUAUAUGAAUCAAAACAAACGAGCAGGUAUUUCUGUGAUGUGUUGGGCGUGGUUGGAAGGUGGGUUCUGCGUGUCCCUUGCCAGCGCUGCUGGUCAGUCGUGGAGCGCCAUCAUGUCUUACCAGUGACGCUACUGACACCCCUGACUUUUAUUAAAGAAUAAGCUGUCGUUACAGUAUUGCAUUUUAA